AUGACCUCCGACUUGCAACCUGAGCCUGAUGGGCAGAUCAAGGCUUUUCGAAAUGAAAACGAGCUGAUCUCUAGAAUAUUGGACUCCACCAGCACCAUCAUCUCUUCCUUCCAGGAGCUCGACAAGCAACAUGCCGCCAUCGCCAGCCUAUUGAAGGCAGCAAGCAAAGUGUCUUCCGCACUUGACAAGUCUGGAAACCUUUCCAACAGAAACAUGCAUGGCUCACUGUUGUUGGCCACAGCCGCAAUUGCGCAAGCCAACCCCGAGCAAGGCUUGGGAUUCCGCAACGAAGCAAUCGGCCUCCUCUUGUUGGCCACAAGCAGAGUUGUCGCUUCCUUCAAGAACGCCGGAAACGUUCCUCGUGCUCGUACUCCAGCCGCGAGAGGUCGCACUUGCUACUUUAAUCGACUCCCCAAAGAGCUGAAGCAUAAAAUUUGGGAUUUAUGCCUCCCGCGUGGUAGAAUCUACGAACCGAAGACAUAUGAAGAUUACAUGUUCUAUGACCCAAGACACGUUCGAUUCUUUCAACACUGGGCGCCUCCGACUCUCAGAGAAGUCAAUCGAGAGGCACGCGACUACUGCAUGAAGGCAGGUCAGUUUCGCUUCGGCUACUAUGAGGAUGACUUGGCCCACGAAACGAUGAGAUCGAUCUGGUACAACAACAAGCUCGACGCUAUCUACAUCUCCAGGUAUUCCCAGUGGCGGGAUUUGAACCUCCUCUAUGUGAAGAACCUCAUCAUCGGAGACACGAUCGUCCUCAGCCCGGAUAAGUGCAGAGACGUCCUCUCGGGCGCUUGCUACGGCUGCGACAACUUGACGAUUGCUUACCAGCCCCGCGGAGCUCCUAUCGUGAAGAGUAGAGCACCGAGUCGUUGGGAGUUGGAGACUACUCAGCCAGUCUUUUACGACAUCAAAGAUCAUGAGCGUGUCUGCGCUGAGCUGGUGGACUUGAAUGAUUGGGAUGAAGGCCUGCUGAAGACCUGGGGUGAACACCAACUCGAACUGGAGAAGGUUCUCUACGAGAGCGCGGGCAGCUCCUUCAAGAAACUGGUCAGGUUUCGUGCCGUGGAGGUUUUUCGCAAGCCUCGCGUUAUUGAGUGA